GCCCCGCCUGGCUCUCCCCUCUAAAGCACCCGGCGCGCGCCUCCCACCGCCGCACUUUCACUCUCCGUCAGCCGCACUGCCCGCUCGGCGUCUGGCCCCCGACCCGCGCUCGUCCGCCCGCCCGCCCGCCCGCCCGCGCCAUGAACGCCAAGGUCGUGGUCGUGCUGGUCCUCGUGCUGACCGCGCUCUGCCUCAGCGACGGGAAGCCCGUCAGCCUGAGCUACAGAUGCCCAUGCCGAUUCUUCGAAAGCCAUGUUGCCAGAGCCAACGUCAAGCAUCUCAAAAUUCUCAACACUCCAAACUGUGCCCUUCAGAUUGUAGCCCGGCUGAAGAACAACAACAGACAAGUGUGCAUUGACCCGAAGCUAAAGUGGAUUCAGGAGUACCUGGAGAAAGCUUUAAACAAGGGGCGCAGAGAAGAAAAAGUGGGGAAAAAAGAAAAGAUAGGAAAAAAGAAGCGACAGAAGAAGAGAAAGGCUGCCCAGAAAAGGAAAAACUAGUUAUCUGCCACCUCGAGAUGGACCACAGUUCACUUGCUCUCGGCGCUUUGUAAAUUUGCUCGAUCCUCCUCCAGGACAGACCCCCAUGCAGACUGGGCAGGGGCUCAGACUUCCGUGGGGCAGCAGUGCUUUGCUGCCCUGCCAGCCACACCGGCUUCUGUAUUUAUGUGCUUUUUAAGGCCCUUAUUGGUCUGCUAAGUUAUGAAGAAAGUAGUUGUGCAGAGACUGGGGCGGGGGUCUGUGACGCGGAGCCUGUGUGCUCAGGACUCUGUCCAGAAUAGCCUGGGAGCUCCAGGAAUGCCCAGGUUGCUGAGCCCCCCAGCCCGCCCUCCACUUCCUCUCUUAGAAGUCCUGCGCUCAAUGGGGAGCUCACCAGCUCCACACACUUGCAGUCUGCAUUCCUGUGGAGACCAGGCUGUGGCCACCUGGCCAGUGUGCAGGGCCACCUGCUAGCCCAGCAGAGGUGGCCUUGCCAGGAAGGGGGUGUGCCACCCCUCUGUGGCCCUCAGGAAAGGUGAAAACUGACUGACCCUUAGGAAUGGGCCCUGGCUUUUUCCAAAUACCCGUUGCCUUUCCCUCCAGCACUCUGCCACCUGGGAAGGGGCUUCUUCAGCCCCUCCUUCCUGGGUUGUGGGAGUGGCUUUAUCCCUAAGCCCGGGUGGGUUUCUGCAAACUGUGUGGGGUGAGCCGGAGGGAAUGCCGCAUUCUCAGAGAGCAGAUGUGGAAACACUUCUCAGGGAGCUCCUCUUUGGGCAAUUCUCUUUAGAGUCUUUAAACGGGUCCCCCACGUGGAGGACAGAUGUGCUAUGGAACUUUGCAAGGGUCCUGAAUCCCUGGGGAUCCCAGCCUGUCCCCUCCCGCUUCCUGCGUGAUGGUGUGUGCUCCAGCUGCAGGGCACAGCUGCCUCUGUCCUCAUUCAUGGGAAAUACCUUAUCUGCCUAAAGCAAAUACCACUUAAGCUCUAGAACUUUCCUGCACCCUCCUUCCCUGCCCAUGUAGAUGUAUGUGUGAGAUUUUUUGGCAAGUUUCUCUAAUCUGGACCGGGAGGAUGGAAGAGCAAGGACCCCAUUUCAGUAGUGCUCGGAAAAAGGAUGCGUUGAAUUUCUCAGCCCUUCUCCACCUCACAUAAACACCCGCCCACCCUGCACCCGGAUCCUGGGUCAUAAUUUUAAUAAAUGCAGAAAGAGGAAGUGGUUGGAGGAUGGAGCACAUGGAAUUCAGGAGAAAACCCACAAAGACCCCUGCAUGUCAGACACACCCUGUCCCGGAGCGUGGUGUCCCCUUGAGCUUUAAUGAGCUCCCUGUGAUCACAGCCAUGCCUUCUCCUCCUUGGGGAGGUGUCCUAGGAUGCUUCAGCCAAAGACCUUUGUUUCCCGCUGCUAUCUCUUUUACCUGGACAACUCUCCUGGCCCACGUUCCUCUUGCCAGCACUGGGGGUCACAGGCCUGAGCCCUGGGUACAGGGGUGCCCUAGUCUUCUGCCCUCCCCACCUCUUAAGGCACAGAGCUGUUGGGUGGGCUGCCUGGGGCUGCCAUCCUUCCCGUGGAAGCCAGUAGCCACUCUAGUCCAUGGGACUCUUGACAAAAGCACCCCGAGAGGGCAAACCUGUGCCCCCAUACUUGCCUGCAUUCUUCGGACUCCACAUGCAGCAGGGCUCUGUGCCUGGGGAGGGGUGGCCAGUCUGUCCUGGUCAGUAUGAAAAGCUGUUGGCCCCCUAGGGACAGAGGGCCCAGCUAAGGCUGCCUGAGGAUACAAACUGCUUGCUAUCCCACUCCUGGGGAGCAGGGUCUGCAGGGACUGAGAGUGGGUCCCACCUUGAGAACGCAUGCAAGGUCCGUCCUGUCUUGAUGUCUUGAUGUGACUGUACAUGCCCUGGGGGCUCACUGUGGUUUACAAGUGGCUUGUGAAGCUCCUGGGAGCAGGUGGUACACCCAGUGCUGAAGACAGGGUCGCCGUGGAAGAGCGAAGAGCCUGACCGGGAUUCCUGGUGGGUUGAAACUAGGAAGUGCUCAUACCAGUCAGAGCCAAAUGAAGGGUGCGCUAUGGUCACUGCUCUGUCCAGCAUGCGUUCCUCCUGGGAGGUCCUGGCCACCUGUGCACCCACCCCUGUGCCACCUCCAGCAGUCCCACCUGGGGCCACCUGCGGUGGCAUGGCCCCUGGCUGAGAGGCCCCGAGGGCGAAGGGUUACUGGAAGCCACGAAAGUGCCUCUUGGGACAGCCAAGGCCAGGAUGCAGGGCAGCAGCAUCCUGAGCCUCAGCCCCACGCCGGUGCCGGGUAAGCAGUGUGCCCUGUCCCCGUCGUAUGACCACUCUGAUGGGCCUCUCUGUGCCUUCGUGCGUCUGCCACGCCCAGUGCUUGCCACGUGUCUGUCCUCUGCUUUCUGCCAUCCAUGGGUCCCUCCGCUUCAGCCUGGCUGCGUCUCGCACUCCCCUCCCGUCUGUUGUCGCAGGGCCUCUGAAGGGAGAUGCAUGGCCAAGGUGGCAACUUGGAAGUAGGGAUUGGCCCCAGGGCCUCCGCGCAGGCCCCUGUCCUGCUGGAGCUGGCUGGGUGUGGGGGGAACCUGCCUUAAUGGUGUUUCCCUCUGUUCUUGUCAACAGGAGGUUCAAGAUGUGAGAGGGUCAGACGCCUGAGGAACCCUUACAAUAGGAGCCCAGCUCUGAAACCAGUGUUAGGGAAGGGCCUGCCACAGCCUCCCCUGCCAGGGCAGGGCCCCAGGCAUUGCCAAGGGCUUUGUUUUGCACACUUUGCCAUAUUUUCACCAUUUGAUUAUGUAGCAAAAUACAUGACAUUUAUUUUUCAUUUAGUUUGAUUAUUCAGUGUCACUGGCGACACAUAGCAGCUUAGACUAAGGCCAUUAUUGUACUUGCCUUAUUAGAGUGUCUUUCCACGGAGCCACUCCUCUGACUCAGGGCUCCUGGGUUUUGUAUUCUCUGAGCUGUGCAGGUGGGGAGACUGGGCUGAGGGAGCCUGGCCCCAUGGUCAGCCCUAGGGUGGAGAGCCACCAAGAGGGACGCCUGGGGGUGCCAGGACCAGUCAACCUGGGCAAAGCCUAGUGAAGGCUUCUCUCUGUGGGAUGGGAUGGUGGAGGGCCACAUGGGAGGCUCACCCUCUUCUCCAUCCACGUGGGAGCCGGGUCUGCCUCUUCUGGGAGGGCAGCAGGGCUACCCUGAGCUGAGGCAGCAGUGUGAGGCCAGGGCAGAGUGAGACCCAGCCCUCAUCCCGAGCACCUCCACAUCCUCCACGUUCUGCUCAUCAUUCUCUGUCUCAUCCAUCAUCAUGUGUGUCCACGACUGUCUCCAUGGCCCCGCAAAAGGACUCUCAGGACCAAAGCUUUCAUGUAAACUGUGCACCAAGCAGGAAAUGAAAAUGUCUUGUGUUACCUGAAAACACUGUGCACAUCUGUGUCUUGUUUGGAAUAUUGUCCAUUGUCCAAUCCUAUGUUUUUGUUCAAAGCCAGCGUCCUCUGUGACCAAUGUCUUGAUGCAUGCACUGUUCCCCCUAUGCAGCCGCUGAGCGAGGAGAUGCCCCUUGGGCCCUUUGAGUGCAGUCCUGAUCAGAGCCGUGGUCCUUUGGGGUGAACUACCUUGGUUCCCCCACUGAUCACAAAAACAUGGUGGGUCCAUGGGCAGAGCCCAAGGGAAUUCGGUGUGCACCAGGGUUGACCCCAGAGGAUUGCUGCCCCAUCAGUCCUCCCUCACAUGUCAGUACCUUCAAACUAGGGCCAAGCCCAGCACUGCUUGAGGAAAACAAGCAUUCACAACUUGUUUUUGGUUUUUAAAACCCAGCCCACAAAAUAACCAAUCCUGGGCAUGAAGAUUCUUUCCCAAUUCAUAUCUAACCUCAUCUUCUUCACCAUUUGGCAAUGCCAUAAUCUCCUGCCUUCCUCCUGGGCCCUCUCUGCUCUGCGUGUCACCUGUGCUUCGGGCCCUUCCCACAGGACAUUUCUCUGAGAGAACAAUGUGCUACAUGAAGAGUAAGUCAACCUGCCUGACAUUUGGAGUGUUCCCCUUCCACUGAGGGCAGUCGAUAGAGCUGUAUUAAGCCACUUAAAAUGUUCACUUUUGACAAAGGCAAGUACUUGCAGGUUUUUGUUUUGUUUUUCAUUCAGUCUUACGAAUACUUUUCCCCUUUGAUUAAAGACUCCAGUUAAAAAUUUUUAUGAAGAAAGUGGAAAACAAGGAAGUCAAAGCAAGGAAACUAUGUAACAUGUAGGAAGUAGGAAGUAAAUUAUAGUGACGUAAUCUUGAAUUGUAACUGUUUUUGAAUUUAAUAAUCUGUAGGGUAAUUAGUAACAUGUGUUAAGUAUUUUCAUAAGUAUUUCAAAUUGGAGCUUCAUGGCGGAAGGCAAACCCAUCAGCAAAAAUUGUCCCUUAAACAAAAAUUAAAAUCCUCAAUCCAGCGAUGUUAUAUUGAAAAAAUAGAGCCUGAGGGAUCUUUACUAGUUAUAAAGAUACAGAACUCUUUCAAAACCUUUUGAAAUUAACCUCUCACUAUACCAGUAUAAUUGAGUUUUCAGUGGGGCAGUCAUUAUCCAGGUAAUCCAAGAUAUUUUAAAAUCUGUCACCUAGAACUUGGAUGUACCUGCCCCCAAUCCAUGAACCAAGACCAUUGAAUUCUUGGUUGAGGAAACAAACAUGACCCUAAAUCUUGACUACAGUCAGGAAAGGAAUCAUUUCUAUUUCUCCUCCCUGGGAGAAAAUAGAUAAGAGUAGAAACUGCAGGGAAAAUUAUUUGCAUAACAAUUCCUCUACUAACAAUCAGCUCCUUCCUGGAGACUGCCCAGCUAAAGCAAUAUGCAUUUAAAUACAGUCUUCCAUUUGCAAGGGAAAAGUCUCUUGUAAUCUGAAUCUCUUUUUGCUUUCGAACUGCUAGUCAAGUGCGUCCGCGAGCUGUUUACUAGGGAUCCCUCAUCUGUCCCUCCGGGACCUGGUGCUGCCUCUACCUGACACUCCCUUGGGCUCCCUGUAACCUCUUCGGAGGCCCUCGCUGCCAGCUCUGUAUCAGGACCCAGAGGAAGGGGCCAGAGGCUCGUUGACUGGCUGUGUGUUGGGAUUGAGUCUGUGCCACGUGUUUGUGCUGUGGUGUGUCCCCCUCUGUCCAGGCACUGAGAUACCAGCGAGGAGGCUCCAGAGGGCACUCUGCUUGUUAUUAGAGAUUACCUCCUGAGAAAAAAGGUUCCGCUUGGAGCAGAGGGGCUGAAUAGCAGAAGGUUGCACCUCCCCCAACCUUAGAUGUUGUAAGUCUUUCCAUUGGAUCUCAUUGGACCCUUCCAUGGUGUGAUCGUCUGACUGGUGUUAUCACCGUGGGCUCCCUGACUGGGAGUUGAUCGCCUUUCCCAGGUGCUACACCCUUUUCCAGCUGGAAGAGAAUUUGAGUGCUCUGAUCCCUCUACAGAGCUUCCCUGACCCAUUCUGAAGGAGCCCCAUUCCUGGGAAAUAUUCCCUAGAAACUUCCAAAUCCCCUAAGCAGACCACUGAUAAAACCAUGUAGAAAAUUUGUUAUUUUGCAACCUCGCUGGACUCUCAGUCUCUGAGCAGUGAAGGAUUCAGUGUUAAAUGUGAUGAAUACUGUAUUUUGUAUUGUUUCAAUUGCAUCUCCCAGAUAAUGUGAAAAUGGUCCAGGAGAAGGCCAAUUCCUAUACGCAGCAUGCUUUAAAAAAUAAAUAAGAAACAACUCUUUGAGAAACAACAAUUUCUACUUUGAAGUCAUACCAAUGAAAAAAUGUAUAUGCACUUAUAAUUUUCCUAAUAAAGUUCUGUACUCAAAUGUA